AUGGAUCACCAACCCACUCCACGACGAUCACAACGACUGAAGGAAAUAGCUCAUAGUGUGGGUGCUGUAUUAAGAAUUGACGAAAUUCCGUUGUAUCCCCCGAGGCAAAUACCGACCUUUUGCAUCCCGGACGAUGAGAGAGGAGCGGAUGCCAUUCUGGGGCAAUUGAAGCUCGAGGAGGCCAGGAACCAACCACAUCCAAAUCGUCUCUCCAAAGCUUUUUCCAAAAGCUCAAAGACUCUCAAAUACACUUAUGCCGAGUUAUUUGCGGCCUUGUCCAGGGUUAUUGAUGAAAAUGGAAACGCAGGAGUCUUUGAAGUCUUAUUACGACGGUUCAAAGCUGUUAAGGGGGAUAUAAAUUUACCCAGAGGACGGGGUACUGGCGUGAUCUCCAAAUUCCGGGGUUCUGAUAAUCAACAACCACAGGGACGGCUUCUUCAGCGUGCAACUCAAAGACACCGGGCCGAUCUCGUUCAACUCUUGGCUCCACAGUCUCCCAGCCAAGAAAGUCUAGAUGAAUCACUUGAGAUUGCGCUCGAAGCAAGAGACCUAGCCGUUGUGGAAAUUCUCUUGCAAUAUGGGGCGAAUGCAUCAAGACAUCACUCGGUAUUUGCACAGGCCACAGUAAGGGACGAUAUUGAGUUGUUAAAUCUCCUACUGCGUGCACCAAAGAAAGUCGGGGAGCCAUAUGUCAGCCAGAAUUUGUUAACUGCAACAACCAAUGGGUGGCUUCUGGGAGUACUGCUGCUUAUACGAGCUGGGGCUGAUGGGGACUACGAUAAUGCAUCGGCCCUUAUGUACGCCGUUGAGACGGGUCGUACUGAUAUCGCUACUGCUAUAGUCAUGGGUCAGAAGCCUCCAUCAGGUGCCUCGCUGGACCGGGCUCUUAGUCACAUCUUCUCAGCACCCUCCAUCUUCAUUAACGGAAACUACGACCUCAUUGAGGUCCUGUUGUGUGGUGGCCCAGUUGGUAACGCAGCCAAUGAGGGUCUCUUUACGGCUACGUUGUUGGAUAAUGUUGAGAUAAUGGAACUCCUUCUGGCUCAUAAGGCGGAUAUCACAUACAACGGGGCUGCUGCCAUUGCACAUGCAAUCCAGCACAAUCGAGGGGACCUCGUUGAAUUGCUUCUUCAGGACCGUACGUUGAAUCCAGAACUUGCAUCUGAGCUUGUCAGUCGAAUUCCUCGCGCCGUUCCUCCUGCAGACAAGGUCGCCAUACUCUCGAAGUUGUUGGUCAAUGGGGCUUCAGGGACGCACUGCAGCGAACUUCUAGUCACGGCAGCAGAGCAAAAUGACUUAGAUACUGCUCGAUUACUGAUCUCGUCACAAAGCCAGGAAGGUUCUGCAGUCUGCUCAGUCGAUUACAAUGCAGCUCGCUGUCUCAAAGUAGCUGUGUCUCGAAAUCACUUGACAAUGGUUAGAAUCUUGGCAUUGGAAGGGAAUCCGUCGAAAUUCUCGCUCUCCCACGCCCUCGCAUCAAUGCCAGCAAAUUUGAGAGGAGAUGACCAAUUUAUGUUGAUUGACACCUUAUUACGUGCGGGAGCGCAAGGUCCUGAAGUUGAUGCGGUAUUAGUCGACGCAGUCAACGACCGACCUAGAUCCCACAGGCUCAUAAAACUUCUUGUUCACAACGGAGCCGUUGUGACAGAUCACACACUCUACGGAAUCGUGUCUCAGGGCGCGGUGGAUAUUCUCGAGAUUUUACUCCAGGGCAAGGUGCCUUCACCCCUGUGCGCACUGGCAAUUCCGGUAGCGAUGAAGAUUAACAAGUUACGCAUUCGCUACGAAACUAUCAAACUCCUCCUUGGCCCUGCCACUGCUCAAGGAACAGAAAGCCCCCACGUAUCUCAAGCUGUCAUCGAUAUCCUUCAGAACUGCCCGGAAGACAAACCGCUACUCCUAUUGCUGUGCCGAGACGGAAAAGCCAAUGUCAAUUUACACGAUGGACUUGCGAUAGAAUUGGCAAUGAAGAAUAAUGAUCCAGAAAUUCUGCGUAUGGUGCUCCAAAGCGACGGUGGCUUGCCAAAUUCCGCUACGGUGGAAAGGGGAUUGAAGUGUGCAAUCGAACUCCAACCAACAGAUCCGAAUCGGAAACAGAAGAUAGAACUUCUUCUUCGGUGUGCAAAGCCACAAAACAUGAUGGAUGCGGUACUAGUUCAUGAGAUCAAGUCCGCCCUUGCAUCUAAACAAGAUCCUUCAGUCAUACAAAUCCUAUUAGCGGCAGGCGCGAAUGUCAAUGCACUCGACGGAGCUCCAGUAUUCUGGGGUAUCCGCGAUCCAGUCAUCACGGACUUACUUUUAUCUAAGCCUCUAACGGCCCAGAGUUUCUCAGUCGCUUUUCGCCAUGCCUGUGGCCUGCAUGGGUUAGACAGACACUCCCUGUGCGAAAAGCUCCUCCGGGCUGGAGCUACGGUUGAUCAAGUCAGCAUGGCACUAUUCGUUGUAGCAAAAGAAGGUCCACCCGCUCUCCCUAUCAUGAAGCUGCUACUACCGCAGGCGGAUAUCAACUUCAAGGAAGGCAAUGCCUUGCGGGGUAUCGUGAAGCAAGGAUUCUUCGAGGGCCUCGAGUUACUUCUGAAUUCCUCAACAGUUCUGCCCUCCACCCUGACGAAGGUGAAGGCCUUCGAGACAGCUAUGAAGCUGAAGGAUAGUCAGGUCCGUCGUGCCAUCCUCAGAAUCCUCUUAAAGGUCAAUAUCCCGAAGGAUACCAUCUCGGAUGCUCUCAUAACUGUGCCGAGCCACUCUGACUUCCAGCUUGCGGAGAUGCUGCUGCAGGCUGGAGCAUCGAUAGAGCAUAAUGGAGGCCAGGCUGUGCUCUGUGCUGCCAGCCUAGGGCAGGCAGAUAUUCUGAAAUUAUUCGUUGAGGGGAAGCUGUGCGACAAGCCUUCAAUGUCGACUCUCACAAGCGGGUUUAGUGGUGCUAUGACACUCAAGGAGCGAGACUCUGAAUCUCAUCACUUGAUCGUUCAGAUUCUUCUCGAAGCUGGAAUGCGGGGAGAUGUAAUUAGCGCUGCUCUGAUCGAGGCUGUGAAGGAGGGAGAUCCGAACUUGAAGAUGUCUGAGUUGCUGUGUAGGGUUGGUCAAGCUUCAGUUGACUGGCAUGAAGGGGAGGCGCUGGAUAUUGCAACUCGGUCUGCGUCGAUCGCAACCUUGAGUCUCCUCCUCGAACGGCAACCCUCCCAAGAAGUUCUCAGGAGGGCAUACAUAUCGGCCUUCCAACUUCCCAAAGAGACUCGGUACCAGGUUAUUCAGCAGCUACUGGAGGCUGGGAAGUCAAUUGAUCAUUGUGUGGCAAAUACUCUUACUUCUGCCACUCGGGAAGACCCCCCGGAUCGGCGUUUGAUCAAGCUUCUCUUAAGCUAUGGAGCCUUUGAUGAAGGAGAAUCUUUGGUCCAUGCUGCCACUACACUCGAUUCAGAAACCCUGAGUCUGUUAGUAGAUACGCCUAAGGCGGUUCCAUACAUUUCUUCCGCCUUCAAUCAAGCAGUGGCUACCGAAUCCAUCUGGCAGUCUUACAAAGGAGUUUCAAUUAUGGAACUUAUGCUCAAGAGCGGUGCUACUGGAGAUGUCGUGGGACAAGCUCUUUGCAGAGCUGUCGAUGCAUGUAAAAAUGCUACUGAGGGUCUACCAAUGGAUAUUCUGGAUGUCUUGUUGCAUUACGGUGCGAAUGUUAACUUUGAACAAGGAUUGCCUUUACAGCGAGCAGCCUUGCAAGUCAAUGUCGAUGUUCUCCAGAAACUCCUGCCCGGUGCGACAGCGAAUAGCAAAGCUAUGUCGAUUCCUUAUCUUUUCAAGACUUGCAACGAUAGCACAAUGCUAGUAAGAGCUAUGCAGGCCUUUAUCGAUUCAUUGAAUGGCGAUGAUGAAAUAUCCAUUACAAGCUUCAAACAUCCGGAUUCAACACUUACACCUGUAAUAUUCACCGCCUUAGAGCGCUUCCCUAAAAAGCCUCAAAUCCUGAGAGCUCUCCUCGACCUUGGCUACGAUCCCAACCAGUGGAUAAACCGCAACUGGGACCCUACCAUGGACCCAGAACCAUGUCCGGCACUAUGUUGGGCUCUCGAACAGCCUGAGAAGAAGAUAUCAAAUAUGAACAUUGAAUUACUCAUUGACGAAGGAGCCAAUGUCGAUUUCGUAUCUAAGUCUGGCCUGACUCCCCUGAUACUUGCCAUACAAAACCAACGUUCGGAAAUCGUGGCGAAACUCAUUUCCAAGAACGUCAACGUCAGGGCUCCAGACAAGAACGGCAUUACUCCUCUUUCUCGGGCGAGCCAGCUAGAUAAUCCGGCCAUAAUGGGACUCCUUCUUCGGGCAGGAGCCGAAUGCGACGAUGGCAGUCUCCACGAUGCGGCUCGCGAACUGCGCUGCGAGACAAUGCGUGUCCUGAUCAAGUACGGCCACAAGGUUGAUUAUCCUAGCGAGCGUCACCAAGGACGGAGCGCCUUGGCUGAACUGUGUCUUAACGCGGUAGACAAGGACCCAGCUCCAGGAAUGAUAGAGUUGGAAGAUGCAGUCGAGUGCUUGGUGGCGGGGGGAGCGAAUAUCCGGCUGCGCUGUCUGUCCGAGGACAAAUCAGAGAAGACAAUCUUCCACUACGCGCUGAACUCGUCGAAUCCGAUGUUAAUAUUGCCCGUGUUAUUAAAGAUGAUGUGGGAGUACGUGAAUGAGGACUGUUUUCUCUACGAAGAUGGGACAUACACAUACUCACUCACCAAAUACGUAGAGAAGGAUCUCUUCGAAGGGCCGCAGGAGCAAAAGGAUUCUAUACUCCGAUUAUUACGGAACAAGAGAGUCGUCGACAGGUUCUGGGCCAACGACAUCGAGAUGGAUCAGCCAGCCGACUGGUGCGGCGCUCCUGCUUAUAUCAAGGAAGAAGCAAUACGACAGAAACUGCGGCGAAAGCAUCGCGCUGAACAAGAGCAAGAUGUCCAUGCUUCCCUUGAUUUGAAACGACUUACUGCCGUGCACACUAUAGAGAUCAUGGACAUGAAAACCGCAGCCGAGAUCCGGAACGAGCGCGAGAAAGCCAAAGUCGCCAUACAACUCCUGGCCGAACGCGCGAACACAGAACUCCAUUUUGAGACCCAGAGACAGACCCGAGAACUCGAACACGAAAAGGCAAUCGGUGCCAUGUACCUCGGCACGCAGCGCACGCUCAGGCAAGAAGCCGUGGACGCAGAGUGCGCACGCAACACGCUACAGAUCGAACACCUGAGCGCCAAGAUGCGCACGGAGAACGAAGGCCGUCGUGACUUGCUAGAAAUCGAGAGCCGCGCGAGAGCGAACGACGACGUGUUUAAUGUAAGGGCGCAUGAGCGGGAAGUGGCGCGUAUCAAGAUGCAGAAAUCGCUGGUCCAGACAUCGAGGGAGCUGGCGGCGGAUCUGAGAGAUGCGGGCAUGAACCAUAGACAGAUUGGGUAUAUCACGGGGGAAGUCCCGUGA